AUGAGUUAUAAGAAUAUGGGUUAUAGAAAAACUUUUAAAAAACACGAGAUACAAGGUAAUAUUAAGAAAGAAAUAUAUGAAGUAUCAGAACCGAUUUGCUGGAUGAUUUAUGUGGUUAAAUGGAGUGAUUUUCGGGUUUUAGGAGGGAAUCAGGGGGGUAAAUAUGGGGAUUUUGAGGCACAGAGACAUUGGAUGGAAAUAACACUACAUUUGCCGAUAAAAGAAUGGUAUUUCUAUGAUUUGGAAUGGUGGGGACUAGAUUACCCGCCUCUAAGUGCCUAUUUAUCAUAUAUAUAUGGGAAAAUUGGAAAUCUUAUAGAACCCUCAUGGUUUGCUUUAGAUACAUCACGCGGCUUACAAACAGAAGAUCUAAAGUUUUAUAUGAGAAUGACAGUUAUUGUUUCGGAUUUUAUAAUAUAUUUUCCAGCUGUAAUACGUUUUUCCCGAUAUUGGAAGCGAUUAGAGAAAGGAAGUGCUUUGAAUACUUAUUCAUCAAUUGCACUGAUACUUUUGCAACCAGCACUAAUUCUCAUUGAUCAUGGUCAUUUUCAAUAUAAUAAUGUUAUGCUUGGGCUGGUACUCUUGUCAUUAUGUUAUUUUAUCAAUGAUAGAUAUAUUCUUGGUUCUAUUUUUUUUGUUUCUUCAAUUUGUUUUAAACAGAUGUCUUUAUAUUAUUCGCCUUUGGUAUUUUUCUACCUUCUUGGCCUGUGCAUUAAACCACAACUCAAUAUUUGUCGAUUUAUUUAUAUAAGUAUUGCAACAGUUUCUACAUUUGCACUUAUUUUUUUUCCUUUAUAUAUUUAUAGUGGGUAUAAUGGUAUUCUUCAAUGUAUCCAUAGAUUAUUUCCUUUUCAAAGAGGGUUGUGGGAAGAUAAAGUUGCAAAUGCAUGGUGUGUUUUAAAUACUAUUAUAAAUAGUUCAAUUGCAACUUUAAUUUCUAUAUUGCCACCUUGUUUAAUUAUUUUUUUGAAACCAAAGAUAUACCUUUUACCAUGGGGUCUUACAUGUUCUGCAUUUGGUUUUUAUCUAUUUUCAUAUCAAGUACAUGAAAAGUCAAUAUUACUUCCAUUGAUGCCUGCAACAAUACUGCUUCUUACUCUAAAUAAAAAUGCAAAAGCUUGGAUAGGUUGGAUUAAUAUUAUAGCAACAUUUAGUAUGUGGCCUUUAUUAAAAAAAGAUGGAUUAGAAUUACAAUAUACAGUUUUGCAAAUUUAUUGGUUAUGGCUUGGAGGAUUCAUGUUCUUUCCAUUAAAUAAAUUCGAAAAAUUUAUUCAUAAGGCGUCAUAUGCUAUACUCAUUAUAAUACACAUUUUAGAUGCAUUUGUAACUCCUCCUUUGCAUCAUCCACAUUUGUGGAUCCUCUUGAACAUGCAAUUGAGUUUCACAUGUUUUGGAAUAUUUUGGUUAUGGUCUUUAUGGAAAUUAUGGUUAAAGUCUGGAAUUUGGACGAGUAUAAAAAUAAAACAAAAAUAA